UAUUGCUUCCUGCUUAAAUUACAAGUAACUUCAAGAGUUUUUAGAAGAAAAGGAAAUUGGAAAUCUUUGUCAGAUCAUGACAUCUGAACAGAAACAAUUAUUUUUGGGUGAAAAAGAAGCCACUUUACGAAGAAAUCAUGAUGUGAAUGAUGAGAUAGUCGAUACUCUCAGAUCAGUACUCAACCCUCAAAUUUCAGAAAAUAAUUUUCAUUUUAAACUAAAAAGUGUGAAAAUUGAUUUACCAAAGAUAACUAUUCCAAAUGGAGUUUUACUGAAACACGAAAUAGACAAAUACAGAAGAUUAUUUCAGUCUAAACCACAGACUGCAAGAAAAUCUGCCAGAACAAAGACCGUAAGUUGCAUAGAAAAUUCUGUGUUGCUUCGUAAGUCUGAGAAAGUUGAAGAAGGUACAAAAAUGUCUGCAAAAAUACUCAACUUUAACUGUUUUAAAUGCCAAGAUAGUACUCCAUAUAGCCCAAAUGAUUUGCAGAAACACUUUGAAAGGUGGCACCAUGGUGAAUUACCUUCCUAUCCUUGUGAAAUGUGCAGUUUUUCUGCAAAUGACUUCCAGGUAUUUAAACAACACAGACGAACCCAUAGAAGCACUUUUGUAAAAUGUGAAAUUUGUAACAAUGAGCAUGUCUAUUCUUUAUUAGAGUUGACAAAACAUUUUACAUCUACUCAUUGUGUAAAUGGUAGUUUUCAGUGUGAAAAGUGCAAAUUCACUACCCAGGAUGUUGGUACCUUUGUUCAACACAUUCAUAGACAUAAUGAAAUACAUUAUACAUGUGGUAAAUGUCAUUAUAUAUGUUAUACCAAAGGAGAGCUUCAGAAGCACCUUCAUAUUCAUUCUGAUACAUUUCCCUUCAUUUGUCAAUAUUGUAACUAUGGUGCCACCAAGAGAGAACACCUUAUAAGACAUGUUUUGACUUUGCACAAAGAAUUUUUGCAUAAAGAACAUUUAUAUGCAAAAGAAAAACUGGAAAAGGAAAAGUAUGAAAAAAGGAUAACAAAAACUUCAGCAGGACUUAAACUGAUACUGAAAAGAUAUAAAAUAGGUGCAUCAAGAAAGACAUUUUGGAAACGUAAGAAAAUUAAUGGAAGUGACAGAAUUGUAGAAAAGAACACUCAAUUUUUUGAAGUAAACAAAACGCAGGCAAAACCUGAAGAUCAGAGUCAUCUUGCUCAAGACCAUUUAAAUGAAGAAAAGAAUGAAAGACUUCAUUGUGAGAGUAAUGAUAAAACAGCUCAAGCAGAGUUAGAAAAGCCAGCGCUUCCGUUUACUGAGCAGUGUAAUCGAGCUAAAGAGGGAUCAAACUCUACUCUUAGUUUCUUUAAGACUGCUAUACAAGGACCUACAGUGUUAACCGUGAAAAAUAACAGAAUAAAAAUUCCUGCUAACUACGUUGCUAAGUUUGUGGGCUUCAAGAUGGUAGAUGGAAAACAACAUAUUGUAAUCAAAUUGUUGCCUACUAACAAACAGAGUUUAUGUACAUUAGGCUCACAAUCAGAUCUCGCAAAGGACAGUACAACUAAUUUGCAGCCCCCAACUAUGGACACCACUGGAUUUUUACCAGCAUCUGAGUUAAAUGACACAACUAACAUGAAAGCAACAACUACAUUUUCAUGUUUUUCUCCUGUGCUUUCAGGGAAAGUAACUUCAGAAAAAGAAAUAUCUCCGAGGAGUAAUAUGCUUCAAACAACAGAUGAUGGACAUAAUAUAUCUUCUUUGCCAACAACGUCAGGAUUGGUUAUGACAUCUGUGAAUUUGACCACAAAAGUUGAACCAAGAGAUAAUGCAGACCUAUGGAGAAAUCCUAGCACUGAAAAUCAAUCUGAGAUAUCAGGUACUACCAUUAAAAGUCCAGAUAAAGUCAAACCAAAUGCAUCCAACAGUGGAGAUAUGCAUAACUAUUGCAUUAAUUAUGUUAGCUCUGAGCUAGCUGUUGACUCUUCCAACCAAGGGUCAUUACCUUUUCAUAAUUACUCAAAAGUAAACAAUUUGAAUAAACGUCGCAGACUUUCGGGAACUUCAGUGUGUGAAAACCCCCAAAGAGAAUUCUCCUCUAGCAAGACAGUUGUUCAGCAACCUGUAAGCAAGUCAGUUUUAUCACUAGUGAAGAAGGAGAGCUCAAACCCAGAUAACCUCUUAGCAUCUGUUAAUGUUUUAAAUACUCAAGAUGGAACUUUGAAAGCAAAGGUUGAAAUUGAGGAACAGUGUGUUCUAGAAAAAGGCCAAAACAUUGAUGGGCAGAACCUGUACACUAAUGGAAAUCAGAGUUUAGAAAAGAAUGAAAAAUUGAAAUGGGGUGACAUUUCUAAUGUAAAGGCACCUUUGAUGCCCAGAAUCACAUCUGUUUUCUCUCUCCAGAGCCAACAGGCAUCAGAAUUUUUGCCACCUGAGGUAAACCAGUUACUUCAAGAUGUAUUAAAAAUAAACUCUGAUGUAAAACAAGACUCUAGUAACAAUUCAAAUGAAGGUCUGCCAUUUCAUUAUGACCGUUCGUUUCAGAAAAGUGAAGGGGAAGGCAAAAGAGUUGAAUCCUCAAAAGACUUUAAUUUGCGAGAAAAAUUUCCAGUUCCAUCUGGUGAUAUGGGGAUUAAUGUGACCACAAAUGAAACGAGUAUAAAAUGUGGAAAAGGAAAGCAGAUGCUUUCAAUGCCACAAGAAAUGAGAGAUUCAGAGAAAAUGCCUAGGAUUACAAGUAUUGGCACAUUACUUAAGACACAGUCAGAUGCAAUAAUAACACAGCAGCUUGUAAAGGACAAACUUAGAGCCUCCACACAAAAUGUAGGUUCUUUAUAUAUGCAGAAUCCACUUGUAAAUUCAGAAGCAAAAAAUGCUAUAUUUGUUCAGACACCAAAAGGCGUUUUUGUACCUUUUCACAUUGCUAACAAGCCAGGAUUACAUGUUGUUUCAGGAAGAUCACUUCCAUUAGUUAGCACUCAAGGUGUACCUGCUUCUCUUUUAAACAAGAAACCUGGGAUGAUUUUAACAUUUAACAGUGGGAAAUUGGAAGGUGUUUCUACUGUCAAAACUGAGAGUGCUCGAGCUUAUGCAGCUUAUGCAACUGCAACUAAGGAGCCUUGUAGAACACCUUUUUUAAAGGUUGAGCCAAACAGUAAUUGUUUGACACCUGCAUUUUGUUCCAGCAUUGGCAGUUGUUUGAGCAUGAAAAGUAGCUCAGAAAAUACUUCACCAGUAAAAGGUUCUUAUAUUAUUAAGACAACAGCAAAUUCUUCGGUGACACCUGUACCUGCCCCUCAUACAGUAUCUGAGCAUCAAGGCACUAAGUUUAAUUACUUGGACUCAGCAAAACCGCAAAAUGAGAUUUUUCCCAAACCACCUUUAUAUACUUUUAUGCCUGAUGGCAAACAGACUGUUUUUCUCAAAUGUAUGUUGCCAAAUAAGACUGAGCCGCUUACACCUAAAUUAGUCCAAAGUAGUACUUAUCAAAAUAUACAGCCAAAGAAACCUGAAGGAACACAACAAAAAAUUUUGCUGAAAAUUUUUAACCCUGUUUUAAAUGUGACUGCUGCUAAUCUGUCUGUAAUCAACUCUACAUCCUCAUCACAGAAAGACAAUGUACCAUCUAAUCAGACAACGGAAGGAGAGCAAAAAGAGCCAGAAUCUUCUAGAGAUGCCUUACCCCUUGUAGACGAUGUGAUGCCAACAAAUGAAAUUGUGAUAACUUCUGCAACAUGCCCAGAAUCUUCUGACGAACCAAUAUGUAUCUCUGAUCAUUCAGAGGCUAAGGUACUAAAGUGUAAAACUAAUUAUACAAUUGAGAGAAGUUUUAAUAGAAAGAAGAUCUCUCCUAAAAAUUUUUCAAGAGUAAAGACUCAUCUGAGAAACGAAGAUUCUGAAACUGUCCUUGUAUCUAAAAACAGAAACAGUAAAAGAAAGUGUAAGGAUAGUUAUCAAGCACCUCUAAGAAAAACAUCAUUACAUAGAAAGUGUAAAGAAAAGACUAAAUCUAAAGAUGCCCAUGAGUCAUUUGGAUUUAGCAGACCUAGGUUAUCGAAAGAUUCUGUCAGAACACUGCGACUUUUCCCCUUUAGUUCCAAACAACUUGUGAAAUGUCCUAGGAGAAACCAGCCAGUUGUAGUUUUAAAUCAUCCUGAUGCAGAUGUACCAGAAGUAGUGAAUGUAAUGAAAACGAUUACUAAAUUUAAUGGACGUGUACUUAAGGUUUCAUUGUCAAAAAGAACUAUUGAUGCUUUACUGAAACCAGUUUGUUGCAACUCUUCUGAAACAACUUGUGAUUUUUCCAGGAGGCACAAAACAAUUAAACCUGUUAGUUCUGUGAAAGAGAGAUUUGUGCUAAAAUUAACACUCAAAAAGACAAGUAAAAACAAUUAUCAGAUUGUGAAAACUACCUCUGAAAAUGUUUUGAAGUCAAAAUUUAACUGUUGGUUUUGUGGUAGAAUAUUUGACAAUCAGGAUAUGUGGGCUGGUCAUGGGCAGAGACAUUUAAUGGAAGCUACUCGUGAUUGGAAUAUGUUAGGGUAAUUUACUGUGACCACCAAGGAAAAGUAAAAUUGAGGGAAAAACUGGGUUGAACUAGUAUAAUUGUGACAUUUUCUACCUGAAAUUACUUUCAAAAGUUGGUUAUAUUUAUACAGAAGAGUAAAAGUAAUUUGCAUUAUAAAUAAAGUGCAGAAGAAACCAAGUUGUAGAAUAAACAUAUCACAGAUGUAA